AGUCUGAGCUGUGAGAGCCACAGCCCCCCAGGGCUCCUAACCCCCUUAUGGUCUGAUCUGCAAGCCUGACCGUCCCAAAGCUCCCAACUCAAAGGGUCUGACAGUCCCAAAGCUCCCAAACCAUUUAAGGUCUGAUCUGUGAGAGCCACAGCUCCCAACCCCCCUCUGGUCUGUAAGGGCUGCUCACAGUACUGCCUCAGAGAUCUCCUCUGGCCAGCGAAGGGGGAAAAGGGGAAAAGAGGAGGGGGAAUUAUUUGAGUUUCAGUACCCAGGAGGACAGGCCAAAGCAAGCAGGCAGGGCGGGGGGGAGGCUGGAGCAGAAGUCCCAUUUCCUCAUUUCUAGGCUAGUUCAGAACUGCAGCAGAAGUGACUGGUUCUGGGCUAGGCUGGGGAAUUGCCCUGUGCAGCCUUCCCCAAGUGGAGCGGCCAGGGGCAGGAUAAUGGCUCAGGACUGCAACAAACCUGUGCUACUGGAGCUGCUGACAGCAGCCGGAACGGGGAACUCCCAUUGUGCAGACUGCGGGGCACCCGAUCCCGAGUGGGCCUCUUACAAACUUGGAAUAUUCAUUUGUUUGAAUUGCUCUGGAAUUCAUCGCAACCUUCCUGAAAUCAGCAGGGUCAAAUCCCUCCACCUUGACUUCUGGGAGAAUGAUCUAGUAGAGUUUAUGAGGACUCAUGGAAAUUUCUGUGCCAAGGCUAAAUAUGAGGCAAAAGUCCCUCCUUUCUAUUACAUCCCCGACUCCAAGGACUGCCUGGUUUUAAAAGAACAGUGGAUCAGAGCUAAAUACGAGCGGGAAGAGUUUGUUGCCAGCAGUGUCUGCCAUGAAACAGGUUCCUCAGGCAGCCGUGAAGGGUUCCUGUGGAAGCGCGGGCGGGACAGCAGGCGGUUCCUCAAGAGGCGGUUCCUCUUGUCGGCAUGGGAUGGAGUGCUGAAGUACUACACCAAAGAGUCUAGAGGUCCGAAAGCUGUGAUUAGCAUAAAAGAUCUGAACGCCAUGUUCCAGACGGAGAAGAUCAGAAACCCCCAUGGGUUGCAGAUCACAUACAGCAAAGAAGGUCAGAUGAGGAACCUCUUUGUCUAUCAUGAAAGUGGUAAGGAAAUUGUUGACUGGUUCAAUGCUAUUCGGGCAGCGCGUUUGCAGUUUCUUAGAACCACCUUCCCCACUACUCCUGAGGCCGAGCUCCUACCCAAGAUUACAAGGAAUUAUUUCAAGGAAGGCUAUAUGGAGAAAACUGGGCCAAAGCACAAGGAGGCCUUUAAGAAGCGUUGGUUCAGCCUGGACUCCCAGGAGAGGAACCUGCUGUACUUUAAAGACCCGUUGGAUGCCUUUGAACUGGGCCACGUGUUUAUUGGACACAAAGAGCAGGGCUAUGAAGUCCAGGCUGACUUGCCCCGAGGAGUCAGCGGGAAGAAGUGGAAGGCUGGGCUCACCAUAGUCACGCCACACAGGAAGUUUGUGUGUGUGUGUGAAAACGACCGGGAGCAGAAGGAGUGGCUGGCGGCGCUGAACGUUGUCAUCUCCCAGCCUAGGACGGGCUGUGAGCUCCGGCAAACUGGACUUUCUGCAUAGGGUUCGUCAUUGGUCUGGGGCCAGUUUGUGCCAGGGAGGCAGAUGCUAGGGCCCCCUCUGAAAAGAUCCUCGGGGGUCGGGCUGCUUUGCUACACGCAGAAGCCCUGAGUGCCACGGGCAGAGCGGAGAAGAAUGUGGAUGGACGGAGCAUGGCCAAGAUGGACGUGUGCCCCAGCCCCGCCCCACUGGGCCCCCGCAACAACAUGGGGCAUCUCUAGACUGAGGCAGGGGCGGCACUCACCCCCAGAUCUCCUGGCUGCCCCUGCACUGGCACCUGUGAUCCAUCCAUUGCUUCAUGGCCACUGGCACUAGUGGCAGCUUAAAACUCCUGACCACACAAGGGAUUUGCUUAGGAGAGUUUCUGUGGCUGUCCUGACCAGAGCUUCGCAGACACUGCAGGCACAGCCACGGGGCAGGCAGCGUUCCUGCUACCUGGAAGUAAUGUGAUGUUUCGGGCUGUUGGCUCGCAUCAGCAGAGCUCCCCGCUGCACAGAACAUAAGA